UUUAAUUUCUUAUCAGUAAAGUUUUAUUACAGUAGUAGAGACUGCAGAUAAAGAUAUUGAGGGAACGAGACGAAACUACGGUGCUUUUUAAGAACCGCUGUAUAUCCAAAAUGGCGGAAAAGUAGUUCUGUUACUGGGCGAUUUUGUUGCAACAGAAGGAUUUUCUAUCUUUCAGUUUUUGCAAGUUUAGUUCUUGGGUUUCGGCAGUUCGUUCGGCCGUUUAUGCUGAAUUGCACUUAAACGUCAAGGGAUUAAAACAUAAAGAUGACCGCUCUGGUUAUGCAAACGGCUCGAUGCCCAACGGAUGAACUGUCAUUGACGAACUGUGCCGUGAUCAGUGACAAGGAGACACAGUUAGAGCAACAUGUGACUGUAGCCCGCAAGUUUGUGUUCACCUUGAAGACACAUUCCAGUGUAAAUGCCGGGACAAUCGCUUUCAGCCUCCCACAGAGAAAAUGGGCAGGCCUAUCCAUUGGACAGGGGGUCGAAGUGACCAACUACAAGUUUGACAAGUCUAAACAGUGUAUAAGUACCAUGACAGUGGAAAUAGACUUUCUGCAGAAGAAGAAUGCAGACAGCAACUCCUACGACUCGGAAGAGAUGGCUAGACUGUUUGUCCAACAUUUCAACAACCAGGCCUUUAGCCUUCAACAACAGGUGCUUUUUAGUUUCUGUGAUAAGCUUUUUGGGCUGGUAAUAAAAGAUAUUGAAGCUAUGGAUCCCAGUAUUCUUAAGGGAGACCACGUCCCUGGCAGAAACCGAAGAUUGAGAUCGUUUGCUGCUGGAAACAGUCAAGUGAUUUUUGAGAAGUCAGAAGCUUCAUCCAUGACUCUGAUUGGAAAAGCAAAGACCCGAGAGUCUCGCCAGUCCAUCAUCAGCCCAGACUGGAACUUUGAGAAGAUGGGAAUCGGCGGCCUUGAUAAGGAGUUUUCUGACAUCUUCCGCAGAGCCUUUGCCUCACGUGUCUUCCCUCCAGACAUAGUAGAACAGAUGGGCUGUAAGCAUGUAAAGGGAAUCCUGCUGUACGGACCUCCAGGCUGUGGUAAAACCCUGAUGGCACGACAGAUUGGCAAGAUGCUCAAGGCUCGGGAGCCAAAGAUUGUCAACGGCCCCGAGAUCCUCAACAAGUAUGUUGGAGAGUCUGAGGCCAACAUCAGGAAACUGUUUGCAGACGCGGAGGACGAACAGAAAAGGCUCGGUGCUAACAGCGGGCUCCACAUUAUAAUAUUUGAUGAGAUUGACGCGAUCUGUAAGCAGCGUGGCAGCAUGGCCGGCAGCACAGGAGUCCACGACACUGUGGUCAACCAGCUUCUGUCCAAGAUAGACGGAGUGGAGCAGCUCAACAACAUACUGGUCAUAGGUAUGACCAACAGGCCAGACCUGAUAGAUGAGGCCCUCCUGAGGCCAGGGAGACUGGAGGUGAAGAUGGAGAUUGGGUUACCUGAUGAAAAGGGUCGUGUUCAGAUCCUUAACAUCCACACCGCAAAGAUGCGUCAGUACAAGCUCCUAGCCACUGAUGUUGACAUUAAAGAAUUGGCUGUGGAGACUAAGAAUUACAGUGGAGCAGAACUGGAAGGUUUGGUCAGGGCUGCACAGUCCACUGCAAUGAACAGACAUAUCAAGGCCAGCAACACAGUUGAGGUAGACACUGAAAUGGCAGAAAAGCUGCAGGUCAGCAGACUUGACUUCAUGGCUUCACUGAAUAACGACAUCAAGCCUGCAUUUGGUACCAACCAAGAGGACUAUGCUAGUUACAUCAGGAAUGGAAUAAUCCGGUGGGGUGACCCAGUGUCAAUCAUCUUGGAGGACGGGGAGCUGCUGGUGCAGCAGACGAAGAACAGCGAUCGCACACCACUGGUUUCUGUGCUACUGGAGGGUCCACCUAACAGCGGAAAGACUGCAUUGGCCGCAAAGAUCUCUGAAGACUCCCAGUUCCCUUUUAUCAAGAUCUGCUCCCCUGACAAAAUGAUUGGACACUCCGAGAUUGCAAAAUGCCAGGCCAUUAAAAAGAUCUUUGAUGAUGCCUACAAGUCCCAGCUGAGCUGUGUGGUUGUGGAUGAUAUUGAACGUUUGCUGGACUAUGUCCCUAUUGGUCCUCGGUUCUCAAACCUGGUGCUUCAAGCUUUACUGGUCCUGCUGAAGAAACCUCCCCCAAAGGGGCGUAAGCUGCUGAUCAUCGGCACCACAAGUCGUAAAGAUGUGCUCCAGGAAAUGGAGAUGCUAGAUGCUUUCAGCACCACCAUUCACAUUCCCAACAUCUCAACAGGAGAGCAGCUGGUUGAUGCACUGGAGCUGCUGGGAAGCUUCCAGGAGAAAGAGCGGGCCAGCAUAGCUAAAGCUGUGAAGGGCCAAAACCUGUGGAUCGGUAUUAAGAAGUUGCUCAUGCUCAUUGAAAUGGCUGCACAGAAAGAGCCUGAAUACAGAGUCAGUAAGUUCCUGAGUCUACUGAGAGAUGAAGGAGCGCUGGGUUCUAAUAAGUUUGUGGCAAUCUAGACUCAGUGGAGCCACAUUGUGAAAAACAAGGCAUCCUUUAACGUUUCCGAGGAACAGAAGCCUAAAAGAGGCUGACGGGAGGAAGCAAGCAAGAGAUAGUUUACAUCUGUCUCUGCAUCGUUCCUUCCCAUCCCUGCCUGAAGCUCUGUCUACAUGUCUCUGCACUGCAGUUUUCUGCAGCAGCACUUAACCAGGCAACCUCCUCCUCUUAAGAUCUAUGUGAAUGAACAUCUGUAAAAUAGGCAAUGUUUGUGGUAUCUGUGUAUACUGUAAUUUAUGAAGCCUAGUCUUGUAAUCUAUGUGUGACUCCCUUAGCACUCCUGUUGGAUUUUUAUAUAUAAAGAUGGAAAUGAGACAUGAGAAGUUGCUGUGCAUGCAUUAACACUAAUUAUUUUACCUCUGGUUUGCCUCUAAAUGCCUUAUUUGUAUGUACAGGAGUGUAAUAUCAUUCCAGGACACAGUGACUCCGCCAUUUAUAGAUCUCACUUUCCUGUUGUGAUCCACCUGCUUGUUUCUGACCUUUUAUUCCCUUGAAUUAAUGAAGUCUGCUACUAAUAUUAUAUCUGUAAUAAAUGUUCAAAUUAAUACUUACUUGUUGAAAUUUAAUGCAUUUGCUGAAAAUAAUGAAUUUGAAGUCCCCUAAA